GUGAGGGCCAACCUGCACUUGGUAGUGGCCAUGUCCCCCAUAGGCGACACCUUCAGGACCAGGCUCAGGAUGUUCCCCUCCCUCAUUAACUGCUGCACUAUAGACUGGUUUACUGCAUGGCCUGAUGAUGCCUUGGAGAUGGUGGCCACAUCACUGCUGCAGGAAACUAAACUGGAGGCAUCAUUGUUGGCUCACUGUGUCACUGUCUGCAAGUAUUUCCACCACAGCAUUGAUGACCUUGCCCACAGGUUCUAUGAGCAGCUGCGGCGGAGGUACUAUGUGACAUUGUGACACCCACCUCCUACCUGGAGCUCGUGUUCACCUUCAAGCAGCUCCUCCUUAAGAAGCGCUCAGAGAUCCUCACACUACGGGACAGGUAUGUGACAGGUCUGGAGAAACUGAAAGAGGCCAAGCUGUUGAUCACUGAACUGCAAGAAGAGCUAAAGCUGCUGCAGCCCCGCCUAGUGGAGACCUCUGCCAACACGGAGGCACUUAUGAUCAAGAUCGAACAAGACACCAUCCAAGUGGAGAGGAAACAAGAGUUGGUGGCGGCAGACGAGGCGGUGGCCAACAAGAAGUUUGCCGAUGCACAGGCCAUAAAAGACGACUGUGAAAAGGAGCUCGCCAAGGCAGUAUCAGCUCUCAAUGCUGCCACAGACGCCCUCAACACCCUCAAACAAGAUGACAUACGCGUCGUCAAGGCCAUGAAGAACCCGCCCUCAGGAGUCAAGCUGGUAAUGGAAGCUGUGUGUGUAAUGCUGGACCUCAAGCCAGAGAGGAAGCCAGACCCUAAUGGCUCAGGAAAAAUGAUUGAGGACUAUUGGGCACCAUCUCAGAAGCUGUUGGGGGAUAUGAAGUUCCUCCAGAACCUGCUGCACUAUGACAAAGAAAACAUUCCCACAAAGAUUAUCACUCACGUCCGCAACAAGUUCUACUCUCACCCGGAUUUUGACCCAAAGAAGAUACGUAUGGUAUCAAUGGCUUGUGAGGGCCUCUGCCGAUGGGUGAGGGCCAUGGUUGUCUAUGAUCAAGUCAUAAAGAUUGUCGCCCCCAAGAAACAAGCUUUGGAGGCUGCCAACCAUGAACUGGCCCUCCAGAAUGAAAAGCUAGAGGAAAAGAGGAAAGAACUCAGAGAGGUGACAGAUAAACUUCAAGCUCUUAAUGAUGAGUUCACCAAGAAGCAGAAGGAGAAGAAGGACCUGGAGGAUUCGAUUGUUAGGUGUGAACAGAAGAGGGACCGCUCCGAGAGGCUCAUAGGUGGUCUGGGUGGAGAGCGAGACAGGUGGAGCAACGAAGCUCAGCAGUUGAGCGAGAGUUUGGAGAACAUUGUGGGUGACGUGCUGAUCGCUGCUGCCAUCGUGGCCUACCUUGGAGCUUUUACUGUCGACUAUAGGGAGACUUGCCUUCAGAACUGGCAUCAAAAGUGUCAGGAACUAGGAAUCUCAUGUAGUGUGAAAUUUGUCCUGUAUGACACUCUGGGUGACCCUGUACAAAGCUGCACCUGGCAGCUGGCAGGGCUGCCUUUUGACACUUUCUCAGUUGACAAUGCCAUCAUUGUCGCUCACUCACGCCGCUGGCCACUCAUGAUAGACCUCCAGGACUAA